AUGUUUGCUGUUGUUGCAGCCCCAAGACCUGCCCUGGUAAUCGUACCUGGCAACUUCAGCUUACCUCGCUUCUGGAGCGCCAUCCAGCGGUCGGUUGAAGACAAGGGCUAUUCCGUCGAAGUUGUUCCUCUCCAGUCUUCUCGUGAAGAAAAAAUUGAUCCUGCGCCAGGUUUGGCCGAUGACGUAAAAGUGGCCCAGUCAGUUCUGAACAAGCACAUUGACCAAGGAAAAGAUGUUGUCAUGCUUAUGCAUUCAUAUGGCGGGAUGGUCGGGACUGAAGCAACUCGCGGCUUGAGUCGCAAAGAGCGAGAAAAGGCUGGUCUUAGAGGUGGGAUAACUCGCCUGAUCUUCCUGGCAGCGAUCUUUGCACCUCCUGGCAAAAGUACUCGGGGGUUAUACGAAGCCAACCCAGGGCGCUAUCCCCGCCGCGAGGGCGACUACCUUGUAUGCGAUGAAGAAACAGCCAUGUGCUUCUAUAGCGAUCUCACAAAGGAGGAAGGCUUGCCACUAGCUCAGGAUGCUUCCAAGAUUUAUCAGGCAGUUAGGGUCUUCGGUGAUGAGCAGACAUAUGAUGGCUUCCACGAAUUCAUUUCAUCUAGCUAUAUCGUUACUAAGAAGGAUGUGCUCGUUCCCGAACCAGCGCAGAGGCAGUUCAUCUCGCGACUGGAAGAGAACGGAGGCCGACCUGUCCCUGUUUUUGAGCUUGAUACGGCUCACUCGCCUCAUCAAACGGAUCCCCAGCUACUGAUGAGGACUUUGGGCAAGAUAUUAGAGAAGGAGCAUGGGACAGAGUGA